AGUUCUCCCUCCACCCUCAGGAGGACCAUGUCAUUGGAGUUUGGCAGUGUAGCACUGCAGACACAGAAUGAAGGUGAAGAAUUUGACACAGAAGACUAUGAAAGGGAAAAAGAGUUGCAGCAGCUACUCACGGACCUCCCUCAUGACAUGCUGGAUGACGACCUCCUCUCUUCUCCUGAGCACCACGAUUCUGACUGCAGUGUGGAUGGCCUAGUGGGAGGACUGCACCCUUCUGAGCAACUGGAGAGGAAGUGGAUUGAGCCUGACGUACUGCCCAAAUCCCACAUUGUGAAUUGUGGCAAUGGCUGGGAAGAAAAUCGAAGUAAAACUGAAGACCAGCAUCUUGGGUACCAUUCUGGAGAAGGAGAGGAUGAAGGCGGAAGUGGCUAUAGCCCUCCAAGUAAACAUGAGCCGGCAGAUUUGUAUCACCUUCCUGAGGACUUUAGGCCAUUCACCGGUGGUCAGAAGCAGGAAUUCCACAAGCAGGCAGCUGGUGUCAUUACGUUUUCAGAUCCUCAGAGGGACAAGUUUCAGCAAUUUGGUUCAUCUCAAGGACCCAACUGUCAAGCUUUGGAGCCAUAUAAAGCGAUAUAUAAACCUUACCAGUCUUCUGGCCAGAGCGCUAGCUCACCAGCCCAGGAGAUAACAGCAAGUGACAUGUUUGAAGGCCUGCAGCAACAAUUUUUAGGAGCUAAUGAAACAGACUCUGCAGAAAAUAUACAUAUUAUUCAACUCCAGGUUCUUAACAAAGCGAAGGAGAGACAACUGGACAGUUUAGUUGAAAAGCUGAACGACAGUGAACGCCAGAUUCGGUAUCUGAACCACCAGCUUCUGAUAAUUCAAGAUGAGAAGGAUGGCUUGACCCUUAGCCUUCGGGAAUCCCAGAAACUCUUUCAGAAUGGGAAGGAAAGGGAGAUCCAGCUUGAAGCACAGAUAAAAACACUGGAGGCCCAGAUUCAAGCCUUCAAAGUUAGUGAAGAAAAGUUGACCAAGAAGGCCAGAACAACUGAAAUCACCCUGGAAAACUUGAAACAGCAGCUGGUGGAGCUCCAUCAUUCUGAAUCACUCCAGCGAGCCAGAGAACAGCAUGAGAGCAUCGUCUCGGGCCUCACACAGAAGUACGAAGAGCAGGUGCUGUCCUUACAGAAGGAUUUGGAUGCAACCCGAACAGCACUUCAGGAGCAGGAAAACCUUUGCACCCGGUUAAAGGAUCACGUGCAGCAACUGGAGAGGAACCAAGAAGCUGUCAAGUUAGAGAAGACUGAGCUUAUUAACAGGUUGACGAGAAGUCUAGAGGACAGUCAGAAGCAGUGUGCCCAUCUGCUGCAGUCAGGCUCCAUGCAGGAGGUGACUCAGCUACAGCUUCAGUUGCAGCAAGCACAGAAGGCCCACAUCCUAAGUGAGAGCAUGAAUAAGGCGUUGCAAGAAGAAUUAGCAGAGCUUAAAGAUGAGAUUUCUCUCUAUGAGUCCGCUGCAGACCUCGGAGUACUUCCAGGUGACUCAGAAGGAGACUUGAGUAUAGAGCUCACUGAAUCAUGUGUGGACUUGGGCAUUAAAAAAGUCCAUUGGAAACAAUCCAAAGCUAACAGCACUGCACAGAAAGACACCCCAAAUGAAGAGCUUUCGAAAGAGGAGGUUAUCCUGAAGUUGAAAGCCCAAGUUCAACGCUUGCUGAAUAGCAACUCUGUGAAGCGUCAUCUGGUGUCUCAGUUACAGAGAGAGCUCAGAGACUGCCAUGGGACAAUAGAAGCUCUCCGGCAAUUGAAGGAUGGCGACAAAGUCAUGGAGACUAAAACAGAUACUUCUGAAAAAACAACUGAUCAGUUAUGGCUUGAUUCUCCUGAGACAAUUGUCAGAGAAGAUAUUCUGCGACUGAAAAAUGAAGUUCAGAUUUUACAGCAACAGAACCAGGAACUUAAAGAAGCUGAAGAAAAACUGAGAAGUACAAACCAAGACUUGUGCAACCAGAUGAGACAGAUGGUGCAGGACUUUGACCACGAUAAGCAAGAAGCUGUGGAUAGGUGUGAGAGGACUUAUCAGCAGCACCAUGAAGCCAUGAAGACCCAGAUCCGAGAGAGCCUUUUAGCAAAGCACACUGUGGAGAAGCAGCAUCUUUUUGAGGUCUAUGAGGGGACCCAGUCACAGCUCAGGUCUGACCUUGAUAAGGUGAACAAGGAGAUGGCUGCUGUGCAGGAGUGUUAUCUGGAAGUGUGCAGAGAGAAGGAUGAGCUAGAAUCAGCUCUCAGGAAGACCAUGGAAAAGGCUCAGGAACAGAAGAGGCAGCUUUUAGAAGACAGAGAAGAAUAUGUGGGCAAACUGAAGUUAGAACUUGAAGAGAAGUACCAAGAAACCCUUAAGGCGGCGAAGCAGAACUGGCUGAAAGAGCAGGAAGCCAGUGUUAAAGAGCAGGUUGAGACAGAGAGCAGACAAAAACUUGGUCAACAGCUGGAAAAGGAGUGGCGGUCCAAACUGAAUCAUAGUGUAAAGGCUCCGAGAAAGGCGACUUCAGACUGUGGCAUCCAGACGGACCAGAUAGCCCUUGUUGUUUCUGAGGCAGAAGCAACGGUCCUGGCAGAGGAGCAGGCUCGCAAGGCCCAGCGGGAGUUGGAGCAGGAGAAAGAGGUUGCUGUCAAGGAAGCUCUUAGGAAGCUUGAAGUUGAGUUGGAGCUCAAGUACUGUGAGAAUAUUACACAACAGGUGGAAACAGCUGUGCAGAAUGCCCGAGGUCGCUGGCUACAGGAGCUGCCCAAGCUUGCUGAGUAUAAGGCACUGCUGAGAGCCCAGCAGCAGGAGUGGGCGGAGCAGCAGGAGCUGGCUGUGAGCCAGAGGCUGUCACUUGCACUCUCUGAAGCUAAAAAGAAAUGGAGAAGUGAACUUGAAAACAUGAAGCCAAAUGUAAUGGCUGUGAAGGAACUGGAAGAGAAAAUCCACUCCCUCCAGAAGGAACUGAAGUUGAAGGAUGAGGAAGUCCCUGUGGUAGUCAGGGCUGAGUUGGCGAAGGCCCGAACUGAAUGGAACAGAGAAAAGCAGGAAGAAAUCCAUAGGAUUCAAGAACAAAAUGAGGAAGAUUAUCGGCAGUUUUUAGAUGAUCAUCGAAAUAAAAUUAAUGAGGUGCUUGCUGCAGCUAAGGAGGACUUUAUAAAGCAGAACACUGAACUACUUCUUCAGAAAGAGACAGAAUUCCAGGCAUGUCUGGACCAGAGUCGCAGGGAGUGGACACUGCAGGAGGCCCAGCGAACACAACUGGAAAUCCAUCAGUAUGAGGAAGACACCCUCGCUGUGCUUGAGUUUCUCCUAAGGGACACCCAGAAGGAGUACACUGGUGACACAAAGAACAGGCAGCUUUUGGAAGUCAUGUCAGUUUGUUCUUCAAAAUGGAUAUCUGUGCAGUAUUUUGAGAAAGUAAAAGCCUGCAUACAGAAAGCACUUCAAAAUAUGCUGCCCUUGCUUGCAGACUCUGUUUCCUCCGAGUGGGAAAAGAGAAAUGUGGUCAAGACCUCUGCAGAUCCUGUCAGCUGGAACACCGGCCAAGGAGAUACCGGAGUCGCAGCACCCCCUCCUGUCUCCACCCCUAGACGCUGUGCUCAGUCCUUGGCCUUGCCAGAAGCAGAAAUGGAAACUGAUAAAAAUAUCAAUGAAAUUAAAGAUUUGUGCUGUGGACACUGCUUCCAAGAACUUGAAAAAGAAAAGCAGGAGUGCCGAGAUCUGAGAAGGAGACUGGAGAAGUGCUGUAGGCACCUUCAGCACUUAGAAAGGACACACAAGGCUGCAGUGGAGACACUUGGAGAAGAGAACAGCAAAGUGGUUGAAGAAUUAAUAGAAGAAAACAAUGACAUGAAGAAUAAAUUGGAAGCAUUGAGGGCCCAUUAUAGAUCGACACCACGGUCACUGUCUGAAGGAGCCAUUGAGACCGCACGGCUGCCAUGCAGUAGGCAGGCCUUGGAAGAACUCCGUGGGCAGUACAUUAAAGCAGUUAAAAAAAUUAAACGUGACAUGCUUCGAUACAUUCAGGAGAGUAAAGAAAGAGCUGCAGAAAUGGUGAAGGCGGAAGUGUUGCGGGAACGGCAGGAAACCGCCCGGAAGAUGCGCAAGUAUUAUCUCACUUGCCUUCAGCAGAUCCUGCAGGAUAAUGGAAAGGAAGAAGGAGCUGAGAAGAAGAUUAUGAAUGCUGCUAGCAAACUUGCUACAAUGGCAGAGCUGCUGGGAACAAUCGCAGAGUCAGACUGCAGAGUGAGAUGUGCGCAGGCGGGUCUCUCAGCAUUUCCCUUGACUUCAGAGAUGCUGACUGGUGUCGAAAGAUCAGAAAGGAGCGGUGUGGAUCAGAAUAUUCAAUAUUACAUUGAAAGCAAACUAAACGGUGGAAAAACUGUCCCCAGGAGUGUGUGUGAGCAAGUUCCUAGGAGGAGGACUGCAUCAAAUUUGCAGAGGCGAUUAGAGGAUCCAGAACACAGAGAGAUAAAGCCUGUGGCUUCCACAGCUUCGCCUACAAACUGUCAGUGUGGGAUUGGGAGUUGCAGGCCCCCAGACAUCUUGGCAAAGAAUGUUGCUCCUGAGUUUGUUCCACACAGGGGCGAAGGCAGUUUUGAUUUGCACAAGAAGAAAGACCCACCCGGUGGCGCUGGCUCUGAACCACUUCCUUAUUCAGCUACCCCUUUCUUCGGAAGUGCUGAAAAGAAAUCUUCACCUAGCUGCAGCUCAGGAUCCAUGCACACAAUGCUUAGAAGCCCCAGUGAAGUGCCAAGACUCAAAGCAAUUAUGUGUGGUUCUCUAACAGAAACCGAGAGUGCCAAGUCUGAGAAGAGUCAGGGUGUGGGCACUCAGGACCCUCCCGAGAAGGAUGGAGGGACCCCUAGUGGUUCUCCAGGCUGGUUUCCUGACACUACAACACCCUGUGGCAAUCAUGCUGUGAGGUCACAAAGGACUCAGGAGAUGCUGGGGGACUCUGUUCAGUUGAAACAGUUCUCAGCAACCAGUUGCCUUCCAGAUGCCCAGAAAAGUAGUAAUAUGGUUUGUCGGAGUGGCUACGCUCCAGAUCUGCCCAGAGAAACCCUGCAUUCCCAGGCAGGGAGGAUGGGUGUGACUCGGGGAUGUGCAUCUCAGCAGAGUCCUGAUGUGUUAAAGCCAGAACUCAGAAAACUGAGUGGCACAGGGCCAUCUUCAGCGUGCCAGGAGCCUUUAAGAAAGUUAGCUGCUCCCCCGAUGAGCCAACAAGAUAGUGGCUUUGAUAGCCCGUUUGCCAAUCUAGACUGAUCAUGUGCCGUAUUUCAGAAGAAUCAUACUAUUUACCCAAAAAAUGAAUGGGGAUACUUUAUACUGAAAAUCAAUUAUGAGGUCUGUCAGUUUUCGUGUGCCUGAUACCCCUGAACCUGAGUAAAGUUUUCUCAUGCAGUUACUUGAGGUUUGGAGUCGCCUUAAUCUUGGGGGCCUGGAUGAUGUGCUGUGUGAUCUGCCUCUGUGUGAUUAAUUCAGUUGCUAGCCCUCUACUUUUAUAUUUAUAUGCUGUCUUAUUUUGCAGUGUUAAAGUAUUUAAUAAAAUUGUGUGUAAUCUGUA